AUGUCUACCGCUUCCCAGUACCAAACUCAGCCACGCAUCGCCAUCAUCGGCGGCGGUCCUUCAGGCCUCGUCCUACUCCUCACCCUCCACAAGCGUGGUAUACCCGCUACGCUGUACGAGCGCGAAGUCGACAGCAAGUCCCGCGCCCACCUGGGCGGCAUGCUUGACCUCGAGUGGAACUCCGGCCAGCGCGCGCUCCGUGAGAACGGCAUGGAGGACACUUUUAGGAAGUACUCCCGCCGCGACGCCGAGGAGUUCCGCGUCGGUGGAAAGGACGGUGUUUCCCUCUACAGUCGCGACAACCCCGAGGCCGACUCCCACGACCUCCGCUGCGCUCGCCCCGAGAUCGACCGCCGUGUCCUGCGCGAGAUCAUGCUCGACGCCGUGCCGCAGGACGCAGUAAAAUGGGACCACACCCUUGCAUCCAUCCGCUCGCUCGGGGGUGGGCAGCACGAGCUGACCUUCGCGAACGGUGCGGUGGUCGUUGCUGACAUCGUCAUCGGCGCCGACGGCGGCAAGUCUCGCGUCCGCCCUAUACUUUCCCCCGCCGUUCCCCUCUACCACGGUUUCACCGGUGCGGAGAUCUCUCUGGCCCCCGAGGUCGCAGCCCUUCCUGAGAACCGCGACAUCAGCGACGGCGUCGGCAAGGGAUCGUGCAUGCUCGCUGAGGACGGCAAGGUCUUCACCUUGCAGCGGAACGGCAGCGGGCGUAUUCGCGCGUACUUGUGGCACCGCAACACGCCCGACUGGACCCUUCCGCACGACCCGAAGGAGGCCAAGAAGGUCCUGCUCGACAUCUUCGCGGACUGGGCGCCGUGGACCCGCAGGUUCAUCGAGAUCGCAGAUGAGAACGCCAUCUACAUACGUCCUCUGUUCCACCUCGUCGUCGGCCACCGCUGGGAGCACAAGCCGGGGGUCACCUUGAUCGGCGAUGCGGCUCACCUGAUCAGCCCCUUCGCUGGGGCUGGCGCCAACCUCGCGAUGCGGGAUGGGGUCGAGCUGGGAUUGGUUCUAGCGGACGCGGUAUCGAAAGGUCUGGCGCCUCAGGAGAGGGAAGCGGCGGUUGCGGUGUGGGAGGGGGAGAUGUUCGCGAAGGUGGAAGGGUUUACCGCGGUUGCGUACAACAACGUGGAGCUUUGCUUCAGCUCUGCAGCUCCCCAGGCCGCCGUCAAAGCACUCCAGGACGCCAUGGCUCAGACGUAG